AGCUUUUCAAAAGGUGACAGUAUGUCCUAUGUUCCAACAUAUAAAUCAUUCCUUCAUAUAACUUGAAAUCGUCUGGAUAAAAAUCAGUUUUUCGAUUUCAUCACUGAAUGAAUCAAAUUUUAUUAAGAAUUUUGAAAUCUCAUGUUAACAAACAGUCUUUUUUAGAUCAGCUUAAAGCAUUCAACGAAAAGCCAAAUAUAUUAGCUGCUGUCAUCUCAUGUGUCGAUUCACGUGUUUCAACAUCAAAACUUUUAUGCUCAAAUGUUGGUGAAUUAUUUAUCGAAAGAAAUCCAGGAAAUUUCAUUUGUUGUGAAAAUUCUUCACUGGAAUAUUUUAAUAAAAAUUGUGUUACACCAGGAUUUUUAGAGUUGACUUUAAUACGAUGUAGAAUCAACGACAUAAUUGUUUGUGGCCAUUCAGAUUGUCGGGCUAUGAAUUUAUUAAAUAACUUAGGAAAAUGUAAAUAUGAAAGAAGUCAUCCUUAUCUUGCUCAUCAUGAGCAUCAACCUAUCGAUGUUCAAAAUGAAAAUAAUAAAAUGACAUCAAGUCCUUUAGAAAAGUGGAUUUGGGAAAAUGGAUGUAAAACUUUACAAAAUUUUCAUCUUAAAUCUGAUAUUCUCAGUUUUAAAUCAUCAUCAAUUCAUUCAAAAUGUCCAACACUUGAACUUGAUUUAAAUUUGGCUAAACAUUUAACAGAAGUUGAUUUACUUUCUCAAAUUGAUAUGGUUUGACCUGAACAGUAUUCAAAAUCGAUUGAUCAACAGUUUGUGAAAAUAUUUUGCGACAUCAUACUAACCAAUUUUCAUUCUGGCUCAAUUGUGUCGUUUUGAUUCUUUCAUAUCACAUUUCAUGAAAUCUUAAUACUUAGUUAGAUUUCUUGCAACAUUCUUUACUUCAGAUUGUAAUGACUCAUACAAACUGUGAUUAAUAUGACAGGCUGAUACAAAAAACUAUUUUGUGACUUUAUUUGACCUUUAUAUCUGUAACUGUAACAUUCAUAGUCAUAUAGUAUACUCUUCUAUAUACUCUUCUAUAUAAUCCUAACCUUUCACUUACGUACGUUCAUGUGUAUGCAUGUUUUUUUUAAUUGCCGUUUGUCUAUAUUAAUAUUUUCGUACAUCAGCUUGGUUAUGGAGUUGGUGUAAAGCCAACGCCUAAGCUUUAUGCUUAUUUUUACCGAAAUCAUCCAUCUGAGCUAUAAAUCUUUUUCAUCUCAAAAUUCAUUUUUAC